UCAGUUUGUAGUAACUAGCCAUUGCUUUAAAAUACUGUACAGUAUAUUUUAUGCAAUAUUUAUUGUUUCUUGUGUUUCUAAUGUUAAUGUUGUGCGUGAACACGAAAACAAACAAACACACACACACACACACACACACACACAUACACAGUCAUUGAUUCCAGUGAGAGUGACGGCUGCUGUCUGCUGGACGACACAAGCGCCAAUCAGUUCCUCAGUUGGCAUCGAGUGGAUGAGAUUUUUGUUACCCUGCAUUGCAAGAAUUGUAAGGAGGAGACUGAAAGUAAACGGACUUGUAUGCUAAAGAGCUGCGACAUAUCAGAGCUUGAUUUAUCAGAUGAUUGUCCACAUGGGUUUUGUGGACGAGUAUACUUUUUGUAACCAACCCACCCACCAUCAUCAUUACGGAAGAUUUCUCGAAGGCGUCGGGGCAUUGAUUCCACUAAGGUCCUCGAUAGUGUAGCGUGAUGGUUUAUUUCCCACCAUACGUUUUCUAUAUUCGUCAAAAGGUCGCUUGUAGGUCCACAUGGCAAUGACCUUGUUACUUCUGCCCACGCAUUCUCUAUCAGGUAGAGUCCAAUGAUCGUGGAACAAACUACAACAGCUUUAUCCUCUCUUGGCCCUGAAAUCAAUCUUGCACUGCUCUGCUCUGAUGGAUGGGGUUGUGGUUCUCCUUACAAAUUUAGCAAGAUGACAGCGAUCCCAGGAGUCGAGGAACCAGUUUGCCGGAUAUGCCAUGGCUCAGCUGCCUUGGGAGCACUAUCUUCGCCAUGUGACUGCCGUGGUUCGCUUGGCUAUGUCCACCUGUCCUGCCUGUCCCAAUGGGUGCGGGAGUCACGUAACAGGCACUGUGAGAUCUGCAAUUGUGAUUACAGAGUAUUCUACAUUCGGAGAGGUAUUACAACAAGUUUGAGAAGAUGGCUUGAACGGCCCUCACAAGAGUCACUUAUAAAGAAUAUAACAGUCCUGGCAGCAAUGACACCACUGCAGUUAUGGAUGAAUUGUGCUGGAAGUGUUGCAGAAGCUGUCCUUGAUUCAGAGAAUGAUGGUCAAAUAGUCCCUUGGCGACUGUGGGUAAUUCUCAUACGGGCAAUGACCUCACUUUCUCGAAGCAUCUACUGGCUGUGGGUAACAACCCUGAUACAUCGUCAUGGUCUUAGUCCAUGGCGCUGGCUCACUUGGUGGCGCUGCGAUGCUGAACUUGUUGAAAUCUGAGGACAGUGACAUUGUUACUGCUACAGUGUACUAAUUAAAGAACAAAGAUAAUGUACUCUUAA